UUUUUUUAAAUUUCUCUUUCUCUUUGUCUGAUCAUCUUCAAAUCACCACCUGCAAAAAAAAAACCCCGAAGAAAAAAGUCUCCGGAGAAAAGAGACUGCCAACAAAACUUUGCUCAGACCAUAACCAAAAACCAAACAGUUUUCUUUAAAAAAUAUAUGAAAAAUAAGAGACAAAAGAGAUCAAGCUUUAUUUUGGUAUAUUCCAAUUUCCACCCAAAAGUCCAAUUCCAUUAACAAACUCAAAACCAUCAACUUUCUUCACAAAACAACAAAAAUAAUCAAAACCCAUUUCAGCUUUGACUUCAAAGAAUUGUUUUUUUUUUUUUUUGUCAGCUGACAAUUUUUGCAAAAUUCAAGCUUUGGGUUUUUUUUUUUUUUUUUCUCAAUCAGAUCUGAUUAUGUUGAAGUUCAAAUCUUGAUUUGACACCUGGAAACAGGCCUGGGAAUUUGCAAUAUAAUCAUCAGCUUUUUUUUGAGUUGUAAUGGAUUUGGAUGAUUUCAGAUCAGUUCUGGAAGCAGCUGGUGUUGAUGUGUGGACUUUUAUAGAUACAGCAAUCCUGGUAGCUUCUUUGGAUUAUGGCCAAGAGUUGAAGAAAAGGAGAGAUGGGAUUGUGGAGAGGCUUUAUGCUACUUCCAUGGUUUCUAGGUGUAAAAGCUGUGAUUUUGGUGAGAGAUCAAAUGGGUAUCAAGUUAAUAAAGAAGGCAGCCUCCAUGAAGGUAAAGGUGGAGAAGGAGGAAAAGGAUCACCUUUCACACCUCAAUCAGAUAAUGAAGAUGAUGAUUUGGACCCUUAUGGAGGCUUGUUUGAUGAUGAACAAAAAAGGGUUCUGGAGAUUAAGGAGCGUCUUGAAGUACCUGAUCAGUCUGAAGAUUCUUUAGUUGAAUUGCUUCAAAGCUUGGCAGAUAUGGAUAUAACAUUUCAAGCUCUCAAGGAGACUGAUAUUGGGAGACAUGUGAACAAAUUGAGGAAGCAUCCAUCAAAUGACGUUAGGAGAUUAGUGAAGCAACUUGUCAGGAAUUGGAAGGAGAUUGUAGAUGAAUGGGUAAGGGUGAAUCAACCUGGAGAACUUGAAUCUGCUGCACUUAUGGCAGAUGGAGAUUCACCACAGCAAAAACUUCCUCAAAAUGGUCGUCAACAGGUUCCUGAUUUUGCGUAUUCUCCAAAUCCGCAUAAUGGGAGUUUUGGUUCAGACAAGAAUAAUUCAGAACCUGAAAGGAAGCCAAAGCCAAUCCCUCCUCCCCGAAAAGAUCCUCCACCUAGACCAACUCUCUCAACUCCUCCACAAAAUGUGCAGAGACAGAGAGAACAAAAGGAAAGCAAUUUUGACUCUGAAAAGCUGGCUUCUGCAAGGAAAAGGCUUCAAGAAAAUUAUAAAGAAGCUGAAAAUGCCAAAAAGCAAAGAACGAUACAAGUGAUGGACAUUCAUGAGCUACCAAAACCCAAGAAUGCCUUCUUUGCCAAAAACAAGGGAGGUGGUUCUCAAGGGAGGCACUGGUGAUUGGAUGAAUGAAUUUGUCUUAAAGACAUUCCAUCUUAGGUUUUUCAUUUCUAUAUUUCUGUUGUGAUCGUUGUAUUAGAUAGGAGUACUCUUCAUAUCUUUUAUAGGUUAUCUUUCCAUGUUCUUUCAUGGUGAUGUACUGAAUUAUUUAUCAAUCAUUUGAAAUUCUUGAGGGCCAUGGACAUCCAUAACCAUUCACUUGGGGAUUUAACAUGAUUCUUUGUUUGACACAUGUUACCUUCCCCCCCCUUUCCCCCACCCCAAAUGUGCGAUGUUUUUUAUUUGUAAUAUAUGUGAGUUUCCUAAUUAAAAGAUAACUCCUUUUGAAAGUAUGUUAGUAUCUUUCUUCCUUUUUAUCAAUGCAGGCUGAUUCUACCUUGAAUAUAAGAGCUGACAUACAGAGCACACUGACUAUUUAGUUUAAUGUAUACUACUGGUAGAAGUACUUUGUGGGAUAUGAUGUAGAGGAAAAUUUGCUUUUUAUUUUUUUUUGCCUGCUACUUUUUAAAAAUCCUGUAAGAUAGUCAGCCAUAAGGAUUUUGAUUGAAUUGGCAGAUACCAUUUCUCUUUUGAAGCAUUGAUGUUUAUGUUCUGAACGUUUUUGCCUGAUUCCCAGCUAGGAUCCUCAGGUGGCAUGGGAAAAUUUUUGGACUUGGCCAUAAAAGAAUUAUGAAAAUCGUAUUGGCCAUAUCCAGAGGUUAUGAUUUUUUAUUCUUGUUUCUACAGAAGCCUUAUCAGGUUAUGGUUAUUGAGAGUCUGAAUGAUGUUCAGGUUCAUUUUUUGUUAAUUUUUACUGUUUAUAUGAUAAGGCUCCUCACUUCAUUGCAACGGUGAGGUUGAUCAAUCAUAUGUAACCUCUCUUUGCUGUGGCUCAUGCAUUGUGGUUGAUGACUUUUAGCUUUUAUUUGCCCCAGUAGUUGCUUGUACUUCAAAGGAUGCUUGAAUUAAGUUUCUUAUUACCUCUUUUACUGCAGGUUCUUUUGCGGUUGUCAUAGUGCUUUUGUCCCCUUAUGUUCAAUUAUAUUCUUUGUUAAAACUUGCAAGUUUUAGCUCUAAUCCAUUCAUUUGUGAUACUUUUCUCACCUGAGGCUGAAUGCUUAGCAGAACACGACUCGCUUCCCCCACCCACAAACUUCAAAUCAUAAUCAUGAACUGCUGCAAUUUUCGUUUUUCUUGUCAAUUUUGCUUGCAGGUGGUGGGAAUUAAAUGGCCAUCUAUUGCUAUGACUCUGUUUAAGUGGUUUGUAUCUUUAUCUAGUGAUCAAUUGCACUUCAGCCUUUGUGCUGUGACCAUCGGCAAGGGAAAGUAGCCUUCAGCUUGUUAUGCUGGUUGGUGGAUGUAAUUGAUCGGAUUCUGCGGGUACGCUCACUAUAACCUCCAUAGACUUUUUUCUUAUGUUUUAUGUCAGCAAUUUAAUACUACAUAUUUCGUAAACUGGACUUGCGUGAGCAAGAUUUGUUGGGAAUCUGUGGGUGACAUCCAUGAUUUAUAGCUUUUGUAAAGUUAGAUUGCAUAAAAAUGUAGAAAACAAUGAACCGUUGCUUUUGCUUAGCUAACAAAAUGUUAUGACUUUCCAAAGAAUUCAUAGUUCUAAUAUAAUAUCAAUUGCUCAUGUUCUUCAACUUUUACCAGAAAUAUUACUCAAUGCUUUUUCCUUUUAUUUUGUUUUUCUUUCUUCCUUUCUUUCCUGUAAGGGAUAAUACCUCAUUUGGCCCUUGAUCUAUUACAAUUUAUCUAAUGUGGUACUUAAACUAAACAAAUUUUUAAUCAAGUACCUAAACUUUAAUUCUGUGUAUUAAGUUUUCCCAAUCUCUUAACACUUUUAGAAUAAUGCUGACAUGGCACUUAAAUGCUGACAUGGAUAACACGUGAUUUUCACAUGGCAGUGAUGUAGUUGUCAUGUGUUACUUUUAAAGAAUAAAAAAAUAAUAAGAAGUUUUUCUUAGAAAUUAUAUUUUAAAAACUUUUAUUUUUUAAAAAUGACACAUGGCAGCCACAUCUAAACCAAGUAUCAUCCAUGUUAGCAUUUAAAUGCUACAUCAGCUUUAUUUUAAUGGUGUUAAGAGUUGGGGCAACUUAAUACACGAAAAUGCAGUUUAGGUAUUUGAUUAAAAUUUUUUUGGUUUACAUACCACAUUAAAAAAAGUGCAAUAGUUUAGGGACCAAAUCAAGUGUUAUCCGUUCCUAUAAAUUUAUUUUUAAUUUGUCCUAAAACUUUCACUGGUACUCAUUCAGUCCUAAAAGUUAUUGAAUGUGCGACUCUUGAGACAGAAACAUUAGCAGAAGCUUACCUGGCAUAUAAUGAAGUAAAUGUGGUGCUUGCUUGGCUUUUCACUAAUUUGUAAAAUAUUAAAAAAUUAUUUUCCAAAAUCGAAAAGCCAACCUCCUUGUACUUUGGUUCUUGCUUCUGCAUUACUUCAGUUCUUGCUUGUCUCUGUCUUUUUAAGUUGUGCUCGGUUGAAACAACUAUACUUGCAGGAUCCCUCCUACCGUUGAGUCUUACUGAAUGAGUUCUCGUCCAUGUGAGUUGCUGGAUUAGGAUAUUUCUGAGAUUGCAGGUAUUUUAAAUAUGGCACAAGUUUCUUCCUUGCUUUGGUUGCGUUCCAUCAAACCUUGUUUGUCUCUUUUGAUGAUGCUGUAAGUAAGUUCAACUGCUUUGAAUGACCUGAUGGAGCUUGACAUGUUCAAAUUUCUGUUCCUUACGUUCUUCAACAUUUGAUGAUAAUUUGGUAUUUGUUGUUACCACAUUUGCUUGUAAACUUACUAGAUGAAUGAUAAAAUACAACUCUUUUGACAUUAUGGAGUACUAGUGCUAAUCAAACUUUUUGUCUGUGCCAAACUGUCUACGAGGGGCAAAACCCUGAAAAGAUAAGAAAGAGAGAUCAAUCAACAACAAAGCUUGGAAGUUUUCUUGGCGUUUAUGCUCCGACACUUAAGUGAUGCUCGGUCAAACAGUGGGAAAAAGAAUAAGGUGGAAUGUAAGCUUUAAGCCAAGAGUUUUUCAGUUGGUGUAGAAGUAACUAGAUGGGGCUACUUAUACCUGUUGCGAUGAGAGAUCUUGGGCCUAGGUGGCCUGAGGUCGGCAUAAGAGGUUAGGGUUGAUCUUGUAGGCUCGAGCUGAGCUGGUAAUUGGUGAUCCACUUAGGAGAUGACAAGUUAGUGCUCUUAUGUGCCAACAAGUGGGCUGCAAAGGUGGUUGCGUUAAUGUUGACCUUGGAUUUUAGGUCGACUUAGACAUGUCAGCUUGGUUGAAAUAAUCAGAAUCCCUCCUCUUGCUAGUUGACUUAUACACCGGAGGAACAAGUUCAUUUUGCCCUUUGAACACUAAAAUGCUUUACACUUUUUCUUGUUCCUUGAGUUUUUUCAGGCUUGCCAUUGCUAAUCCUUUCUUGUUUCGCAGCGGGGGGUUGACCGGUGAUUAGUAUUCUGCUUAGAUGUGCCUACUGGAUUGACUGCUUACUGCAUUUCAACAUGAAAACCAGCAUCUUAACUCAUCCUACGUUAUUAUUUGGUUUGAGCAAACAUGUCCGAACAAACAGCCUUAGCAUUCCUUCAAUCCGAGUGUGAGAAACAGGAACGAGUUACUUAUAAGUUUACAUAUUUUCUCGAGAAAAUCCGAGUGGUGAACAAAAAUCCGACACGACAGUCGGCAGUAGAUGGUACUUGAGUUGAUUUGUUAAGAUUUUUUGAACUAGAUAACUAAAUGGACCCAAUAAGAUUAACGGGCCUAAAAUCAUCUGGAGCCCAACUCU